ACACAUACAUAUGUACAUAUAAACAAAAAUUAAGAUAAAAAAAUAUUAUUAGAGUUUUGAAUUUAAUACUGGCAAAAUGUUUUCGCUAUUCCGUCGCCUUGUCGGUCGUUCUCGAAAGGAAGAAACCGCCAUUGCAAUCUGCAACAACGCCAAUCCAAUUGAUGAGGAUGUGGACUCCACUUUGCGACGCAUUGCUUCGCCUGAUGCUUUCACUAAUUUCCUCAACGAAUUCCGGCUGGAAUUUCUGCGCAGCAAGGGCAGAGACCGACUGACGCUUCAGGAAUCUUCUAAGCUGCGUAAGGCAGCUUCGGUCGAAUGGUCAAGGCUCUCAGAUCGCCGUAAAAGAAAGUAUAAACAGCUGGCAACCGACUGGAGGAACACUCGGGUGUCCGUAACUAUUAUGGCCAGGCCUGAAGCCGCAGAGUCCACGAACACGUCACAAUCGCUAACUCUAGUUCAUGUGGACAACUUAACAAUCGCUGAGCCAGGGCCAAAUCGAAUUCGCAGCAAUCUCGACGUAGGAGAGCGAGCAUCUACUUCAAGAGCUUCAAGACUUGCAGGAUUACAAAUAGGUCAAGGAAAACAUCGAAUAGCUCCAAAAGUUAUGGGACUUAGAUCUAAUAGAGCUAAUAUGCUUCAAGCACGUAAUAGUAUUCGAAGAAAUGGAAGACUUCAAGGAGCUCAAGCAAUUUUAAAAGCUGGAAGAGUAUCUGGAAGAGGAAAUGGAAGAGCUCGAGGAACUGGAAGACUUCGAGGGACUGCAAGAGUUCAAAGACCUACAAAACUUCAAAGGACUCCACAAACCUCAAAACGAACCUUCGCCAUUAGAUCUGAACAAUUUAUUCCACGAGCCCUAGGAGCUGCGGCGAUGCGAAGAAGUCCAGCGCUACCCUCGAUCGAGGACUUUGCAUCGAAUGCAGCUCGAGUAAGAUCUCGUGCUCCGAAGAGGGCCCGACUUGUUCAGCCAGUUGAUCCCAGGUUGCACGAUCACACCUCAUCAACGGAAUUGGCACAGUCAAUAGUUCCACGGAAGAUGAAGAAGCUUCGCCAAAGAAGCCAAGAGCUCCACGAAAACCAAAGGGUGCUGAUUCGUCGCCAAUUAGGAUGCCUGAGAACAUUGUUAGAGCUGCUCCAGAAAUCCCAGAGACUUCACAAUCAUUACCCGUGUCAAAAAAGCCAAGAGCUCAACGGAAGUCUAAGGAAACUGGAGUUUUAA